AUGGAUGAUCCAGAGCUCGAGGCGAUUCGCCAGAGGCGAAUGAGGGAAAUAAUGGCGGCCCAGGGCGCACAGGCAGGGAGGGGAGCUGGAGCAGGGAUGCCGUCUGCCGCUGCUGGUCAGCAGGAUGAGUCAAAGAAACAGGAAGCUGAGGAGAGGAGACAGAUGAUGCUGGCUCAGCUGAUGGACUCGAGUGCCAGAGAGCGAUUGGCGCGCAUUGCCCUGGUCAAGCCGGAGAAGGCACGAGCUGUAGAGGAUCUGAUCAUCCGAGGGGCCCAGACAGGGCAGCUGGCGGAGAGGGUGACAGAGUCUCGCCUCAUCACUCUCUUGGAGCAGAUCAACGAGCAAACACAGCAACGUACUAAAGUCACGAUACAAAGACGACGUUCUGCUCUGGAUGACGAUUAG